CUCCAGCGCCAGCGGAAGCCCCGAGCCCGAGCGUCGUGUUCGCCGCGAGUGCAGAUCCGAGAGAGUGAUUGAUAGCCGCGUCCCAGGAAGCCAAGUGCGUGCGGAUCCGUGAAUCGCGCAGAGACAGACGGUCCUGAGGGCUGCUGAAUCGAAAGCCAGUCGGUCGCCUGCCCGGAGUGGCGUGUCAGUGACACCGGCGAGGGCGUAAUUGAUAUCCUCCGGCGGAGCUUUCGGGGAAGUGACACGAGUGUUAAUGAAACGUACGAUUUGGCCGAACAGAGAGUGAAGUUGGUGCAAAUUGUGGGCCACGCUUGGCCAAUUAUUAUGGGAAAGUAGAAGGAUCAGCCGAAGAAGAGGAAUCAUCAUCAGCACAAUGACUCACCUUCUGUUCCGCCGCGGCCGAAUCAUCACAAUCAUCCUGUUCUUCUGCCAUGGCCAAACACAAGCACAUCAGUUUAAUACCAGUGGACUUCCCUUCGUAAGGAUGAUCCACUAUUAAUUGACAACAGGAAGCACUUCGCAUUCUGUGUGACGAGCGAGAUACUUGGAAAAGAGAGCGUAGGUGGGGUGCUGCAUGAAAAAUGUCGCCGGAAGUGGGACAAAUUUUGGUGGCAGUUGCCCUCUUCCUCAGCACAGAUGCCAUCCGAAUCGAUACAACAUCGCACGGCCACCAAUCAAGGAGGAGCGGUGGCACGGAUGUCUUCACAUCGCCAUUCCUUGCAGAGCACCGGGUAACGAAUAUAACGACCCAAAUAGGCACCCAUGCCUAUCUGCCGUGCAAGGCGAGACAGUUGGCCAACAAAUCAGUGUCAUGGGUGAGAGUUCGAGACGAUCACAUUUUAACGGUGGACCGCACAGUGUUUAUCGCCGAUGACCGCUUCCAAUCAUUCUACGUCGAGAGCACCGGCAUGUGGACGCUGCAGCUCAAGUAUGUGCAGGCUCGCGAUGCUGGGAUUUACGAAUGUCAGGUGUCCACAGAGCCGAAGGUCAGCGCCCGGGUCCAUUUGCACGUAGUUGUGCCACGAACUGAAUUGAUGGGCGACUCAAAUCGCUACGUGAAGGCGGGCAGCAGAGUGAUAAUUCGGUGUGUAGUGCGAGGCGCCCUGGAGCCACCGGCCUAUGUGUUCUGGUACUUUGGGCUCGAGCAAAUUUUCACGGACAAUAGAUACGGGUGGAUCAUGCAGACUGAUAGUGAGAGUGACACCCAUAGCACAAUUGCAUCUCUAAUCAUCCCAUCGGCCCGCAAGCGAGACACUGGAAAUUACACCUGCAACCCUUCCAACAGCGACGCCGUCACCGUUCUCUUGCACGUCAUCAACGCCGAAUACUCAGCAUCCGCUGUGACGUCUGCAGCAUCGGGUCAUGGAAGUGUGCAGAGUGAAAUUGUGGCAAUCAUUGUGGCGUUUGUGGUGCACAUUCAAACGUGACAACAUACUCUCGCAUGUAGUGAUGUAUAAAGAGGACUUUUUAUUUAAGGAAAAAAGGAAGAUACUGUCUCAUACUGUAAAUUGGUGAAAGAAAUUAAUUGGAAGUUGUACAAGAAUGCGAGGUUCCGAAGGAAUGGCGAAUAGACUAAUUGCACCAGACGACACCCGGAAGGAAUUCAGCGAAAUUGAAAUUGUAGCUGCAAGAUACCAGAGAUGAAUGGUGAGAAAAUUACAGACGAAAUUAUUCAAUAAUUGAAACUACAGUAAGAAAUUAAUUGACAUUAAGUAAAUGAGAAGUGGAAAAGGAGGAAAAAAUGCAAUAGAUAAGGCGACAGAGAAGAAAGAAAUUCCAUAGAUCAAUUUUUCCCACUUGUGACCCAUUUCCCUUUUUUCGUUUUUCUCAUUCUACCCUUCGGGAUAUCCAUAACACUUUCGAUUGCAACAAGAUCCGGGAGUGAGCUUUCUCGGACUAGUGAACGGAGGACAUCACUUGUUAAAUGGAUAUAAAAGAUAAAAGUUAGAGCAGGAUAAUUCUCGUGAAUAGAAAAUUGUACAAUGUAUAAAUUGAAGUCAUUGUGUGGAUGAGAAAGGCGUGAGAGCUUUUGAGAGCGAAUGGGAGCUAAUCAGAGCAAAGCGAGGACAUUGAUUUAACGAAAAA